GAGCAUCCCAGGCAAUCGGUUCAGUCAGUUCCUGCUCGUCGAUCGGUGUGAGUGUGGAUCUGGAGUACCGUUAGUCGCAGCCGUGUGUGCCGUUAAGAAGCUCUCGCAUCAUCGAUAGCGAUAACUACGCGCGUGGGCGGUGGGCAGUGUGAACAGUGUAUUUUCGUCGCUGCUGGGAGGUGUGUGCAAAAUAGAACUUACCCAAAUCGCUUUAUUCGAAAAUCUCAGGUUCAAAUCUGCUAUAUCUAUAUAGUACACAGCAGUACACGGUGUGGCCGCGUGUUUAGAAAACGCAAAACAAAACGGAAAUCGCAAAAAAAGGAAGAAAAACAGAAUGAAGAAACGUAUAUAAUAGUUGUAUAUAGAGGAAAAGUGAUUUAAACAGCACGUACGCGUUCUCGUAAUCGAAGAUUACGCCUACAAUAGAAUAAAAGAAGUUAUCUUUAAGGCAAAGCCUUGAUGCAGUUGCAUUCAGAUACAAUUCAUUAGCCUGUCCCAAAAAAUGGCAAAAGUAGCUGAGGAGAAUGAUCAUCGUGAUCUAAGUAAUUGGUCGAACGUGAACGAUACCAAUGGCACCAUUCACCUGACCAAGGAUAUGGUCUUCAAUGAUGGCCACCGAUUGUCCAUCACAGUGUACAGCAUACUGUUUGUGAUCUCAACAAUUGGCAACAGCACCGUGCUGUAUCUGCUGACCAAGCGGCGACUGCGCGGUCCCUUGCGUAUUGAUAUCAUGCUAAUGCAUCUGGCCAUCGCCGAUCUAAUGGUGACGCUGCUCCUGAUGCCAAUGGAGAUCGUGUGGGCCUGGACAGUGCAGUGGCUAUCCACGGACCUGAUGUGCCGCCUGAUGAGCUUCUUCCGCGUCUUCGGCCUGUACCUGUCCAGCUACGUGAUGGUCUGCAUAUCGCUCGACAGAUACUUUGCCAUACUGAAGCCGCUCAAGCGGUCCUACAACCGGGGACGCAUCAUGCUGGCCUGCGCCUGGCUGGGAUCUGUCGUCUGCAGCAUUCCACAGGCCUUUCUCUUCCAUCUGGAGGAGCAUCCCGCCGUCACCGGCUACUUUCAGUGUGUCAUCUUUAACUCGUUCAGGAGCGACUUUGAUGAGAAGCUGUAUCAGGCGGCCUCCAUGUGCAGCAUGUACGCCUUUCCGCUGAUCAUGUUCAUCUACUGCUACGGAGCCAUCUACCUGGAGAUCUACCGGAAGAGCCAGCGCGUCCUCAAGGACGUGAUUGCCGAGCGUUUCCGACGCUCCAACGACGACGUGCUCAGCCGGGCCAAGAAGCGUACGCUCAAAAUGACCAUCACGAUUGUGAUUGUGUUCAUCAUCUGCUGGACUCCGUACUACACCAUCUCCAUGUGGUACUGGCUGGACAAGCACUCCGCGGACAAAAUCAAUCCCCUGGUGCGCAAGGCGCUGUUCAUCUUCGCGUCGACCAACUCCUGUAUGAAUCCUUUGGUCUACGGACUCUACAACAUUCGCGGGCGAAUGAACAACAAUAAUCCGUCGGUAAACAACAGGCACACCUCGCUGUCCAAUCGCCUGGACUCCUCUAAUCAGCUGAUGCAAAAGCAGUUGACCAACAACUCGCUGCUCAAUGGAAGAGGCCAGGUGAUGGCAGCCGCGGUCUCGGCCACCACAAAGUUGGCCAAUGUGGUCGGCCUCAAAGGCACUGCCAAUGGCAAUGGCUCAGCUGCAGGCGCGGGAACAGUUCCACCAACUCCUCCGCUGACAGUAUCCAUCGCUCCGCUGGCCACCGACGACGAGGCCAACGAUGAUUCCUGCCUCAGUGCGGUCACCAUCAGGUGCCAGGAUCAAUCCCCGAUCCGCCAGAAAUGUGACGACUCCAUCGAACUGACCAGUGUGGUCAAGUAGACAACAUAUGGAGCUAAUGGAGCUCCGAGAGCAACUGGAUCAAUUAAGCGAUCUGCUACUGUUCAACUGGAGGAGUCGGCUUGGAACAAAGGGCAUUUAAUUUGCUAACCAGCUUAGUUCGGAAUUUUCGUCAUAAAUUCUUUUCGCAUUUGCAUUUAGCUAGGGACAAAUUAAAUCGUUUUCAAGUCCACGAACGCCAAAGCAGCAAAGAUACAAAUUUCGAUUUCAAAAACGCUUUGUAUUGAACCAUCAAAAUGCUUGGCAAGCAAAGCUAUCGCCUAGGAAAUACGAUUAAGAUGUAAUGCCGCUUACUGUUAGAUAUACUCUAGUUAGUCGGAUUAUUGCUUAAUUUAAAAUAAUUUAUUCAUAACAAGUAAUUAUAAACGAAAUCGAAUAAAUGAUCUU